AUGAGUCCACAGAUGCCACAAUUCCAAUGCAUGGCUCCUGAAGAGAACCCAUCCGCUUUCUCCACCUUCUCCAUCCAAGAUCCAAUAUCUGUGCUCCAUAUGAGCAACCUCUUUACCAACAUUCCCGACUACUUCUCUGCAUACCCUUCAUCUCUUAGCAACAACUCAACUUCUGAUGAAGCCGACGACCAACAGAUGGACAUGAUCAACGAGCGGAAACGCAGAAGAAUGAUAUCGAAUAGGGAGUCUGCUAGGAGGUCAAGGGUGAGGAAACAAAGGCAACUCAAUGAACUUUUAUCACAACUGGUUCGUCUUAGAACCGAUAAUCACAGUCUGGUGGAGCAACUGAACCACUUAGCGGAGAGCCACAAAAGGGCGGUUGAGGAAAAUGCACAGUUAACGGAAGAGUCGACUGACAUCCGACGGAUGCUUGAUGAAAUCCAACUUGCUAACGCUAGCACAAAUAUGCUUCCUUGAACUCUAAGAUGAUUGGAAUGUUAUGUCAGAUAUAUAAAGCUAUAAGAAUACUGUUUCUUAUGUAACAUGCAAGUGCAUAUUUAGUUUCGGUACUUCAUUUUCUUG